AUGGCUCGCUUUUACGGCCACUGGAUCGGCGGUGCAAUUGGAAAUACAGCUUCCAACUUGUCGAGACGCAUCAACAUACCGCUUACGCCGACCAGCCCGCCAGGUCUCGUACAGGCCAAUGUCGUCGAUCCCUGGUCCAAAUCAGGAAAAUACGGACUAGGAUGGACAUAUUUUGCCCUCUCUCUCGUCUUGUCCGUUGUCAUCGUGCGUAUAUGGCACUUUUGGCAAGACAAGAUCCGCCAAGCCAUCUAUAAGCAAGAGCUGGAAAACCAUUACAGAGAAACUUACAAUGUCGACUCUGACGUCUUUCUCUCGGCUCUUCGAAGCGGAGAAAGCUCACAAUUCUUUCCCGAGGGCCCCAAUAUUGGCGAGAAGCAAUUCCGACCAAAAGCACACUUUUCUUCCGUCGGCAUCGUCAACGACACUCUUGCUUUGUUCAGAUGGAUCUUUUAUAGGCCCAUCCCUGACAUCGUCAUUUUCAAGUACCGCUUCACCUUCUCUUCGCUCGCCGUCCUGGCAUGUUCCUUCAUUGCCGUCGUUUUUGUCACGCUCUAUUGCUUUCUCCAGCAGCCUUUGUACUGGCAAAGCAUCCAGUUCGGAUCACCCCCGCUUGCGGUCAGAGCCGGCAUGAUCUCUGUCGCAUUGACGCCUUGGAUCAUCGCCACCAGCAUGAAGGCCAACCUGCUGACCCUUGUUAUUGGCAUCGGUCCAGAGAGGCUCAAUGUCAUGCACCGGUGGCUCAGCUAUCUCUGCUUGUUCCUGGCACUAGUCCACAUGAUUCCCUUUUACAUUCAGCCUGUUUGGGAAGAUGACGGCAUGAAGGUAUUCUACAAGCUCUUUCCCGACGGCACCGGCAUCAUCUAUGGUACCGGAAUCGCCUGUAUUGUUCCCCUCAUUUGGCUAUGCGUGGCAUCGUUACCCUGGAUCCGCAGAGUCGCGUAUGAGACCUUUGUGAUUCUGCACAUCCCAGCCGGCGUCGUGUACACCGCUCUACUAUUCUGGCACACGAAAAACUUCCUCAUGUCUUGGAGUUACUUGUACGCCAGCCUUGCAAUCUGGUUCGUGUGCUACAUGAUGCGCUUCCUUCGUCUCAACUGGGUACGGCCCUGGCGGCUGUCUUUCAUGGUUGGCGACGAAGCUGCUGUAACACUCAUGGCUGAGAACUGCAUCAAAGUCACUGUUCCUACGCAGAUGCGCUGGCGACCUGGUCAAUAUGUAUAUCUACGAAUGCCCGCCAUUUCCAUAUUCGAGAAUCAUCCCUUCACCAUCUCGUCCCUCUGCAGCGAGGACUUCCCCUCGGAAUACGGCCAAGACUACCGAGACUGUGUCCUGGUGUUCCGCCCUUAUGGUGGCUUCACCAAGAAGCUCCUCGAUACGGCGCUGCAGAAUGGGCCCUUCCACACCUACCGUGCCUUCCUGGACGGGCCCUACGGCGGCAUGCGGCGCGACCUCGCCGCCUUUGACACGUGCAUCCUGAUUGCAGGCGGCAGCGGCAUCACGUCGGUCAUGUCACAGCUGCUCAACCUCAUCAAGCGCAUGCGCGACGGCAAGGCCAUCACGCGCAAGGUGGUGGUUGUCUGGGCCAUGAAGAAGAUGGACUCGAUGCAGUGGUUCCGCGAUGAGCUGAGUCUAUGCCGCGAGUCGGCGCCGCCAGAGAGCGUGACGUGCAAGUUCUUCGUCACCUCGGCAGUGCGUGAUCGCCAUAAUGCUACCGACACCCAGAUGGCAGCGCCCAUCAACGGGAUGGUCGCCGGCUCGGCGUCGCAUAAGCGACAGCUCUCCCACCUGUUACACAACAAGCUCGACGGCUUCGUCGCCGGCGUUGCAUCUAAGCGCAAUUCGGCCCUCAUCUACGACGAGGCCAAGGGCGACCCCGAGCGUGAGCGUGAGCUCCGCGCCGAGAACGAGGACAAAAUCACCGCCCUCCCACCACAAAAGUACCUUCAACCGCAUCUGCCUCAUCAUCACCAACAACACCCGCAGCAGCAGUCCCUGCAGCAAUUCGAGCAGCACGACGAAUCGCAACGGCCACUCAAUGCCAACGGCUUCCCCGUCGACAAAAAGCUCGACCAGGACCAGCCUGCGCAGGUUCCUCCCCCAGACACCGAGUUCCACUUCCCACCUCUGCAUCGUGAGAACCCACCGCACUUCAACUACGCGCCCGGCGCCCUCCGCGCCGAGGCCGAAGCCGCCGCCGCCGCGCCGGACUCCCCGGAGCUCGCACACCUACGCACCACCAACCUACCAACCGCCGCGCCCCGCGCCCCGCGACCGACGUCCACCUUUGGCCCGCCGUCGGGGUUCGACUUUGGCUUCCCCGAGACGCCGACCGAGUUCCAGAAGAACCUGAUGCGGUCCGCGUUCCCCGUGCCCCACGCUAUCGACGGCGGCUGGUCGCUCGAGUACGGCCGCCCGGAGCUCGGCUACAUGCUGCGGCAGUGGGCUACGGGCGGCGCUGACGGCCGCGGCAUCCUCGGUCGGCGCACCGCCGUCUUCGUCUGCGGGCCGCCGGCCAUGCGCGUCGGCGUCGCCAACACGGUGGCGCGCCUGCAGGCGGAGAUUUGGGGCGACGACGAGCUCGAGGAGAUUUUCCUGCACACGGAGAAUUAUGCUUUGUAG